CUGGGCACAAGACAAUGGGAGGUCCACUUGGGGGCCUCACCUAUGCUGGCCUAUAAGAGGAGGAGGUGGCCAGGUUUCUAGGUGCUGGGGGAGAGGCUGUGAAGGGUGGAGGGACCCUUGAGUCCUGAUGGGCACUUUAUCAGCAAGUGCCAGACAAGAACAGGCCUUGAGUGAGCCCUGUUAUCAGUCCCAGAGUCCAUAGGACACUUGGAUUAAUGUGUAACCUUACAGGGCUUCCCCUCUGCCCUCUGAAGCCACUGGUUCCUAAAUAGACACCACUCAACAUGGAUGCUAGACAAGAAGGGCUGCCCCUGAAGACACUCUUCUCAGACCAACACCCACAGGUCCGCAGGUGGCUGGCCCCCUUCAUCCUUACCUGCUCAGUCUACUUCCUCCUCUGGAUUCCUGAGGACCAGCCUUCCUGGGUCAGUGCCCUGAUCAAGUGCCUGCCCAUCCUCUGCCUGGUUGUGUUCCUGUGGGCUGUGGCCCCUGGUGGAAGCUACUCCUGGCUCCUCCAGGGAGCUCUUGUGUGUUCUGCUGUGGGAGAUGCCUGCCUCAUCUGGCCUGAAGCUUUCCUUUAUGGCAUGGCUGCCUUCUCUGCUGCCCAUUUAUUCUACCUCUGGGCUUUUGGCCUGUCCCCACUGCAGCCCGGAUUGCUGCUGUACAUCAUCCUGGCCUCGCUCGUAUACUACAGCUCCAUCCUGCCACACCUUGAGCUGGACAUGGUCCUUCCCGUGUUGGCCUAUGGGCUGAUCCUGAGCUCCAUGCUGUGGCGCAGCCUUGUCUGGGGUGGGAGUGCUGGCUGGGGCGGUGUGCUCUUCACAAUCUCCGAUGGUGUGCUGGCCUGGAACACUUUCGUCAACUCCUUACCUUUUGCCCGCCUAAUGACCAUGAGCACCUACUAUGCAGCCCAGCUCCUUAUCACCCUGUCAGCCCUCAGGAACCCAGGGCUCAAAACCCACUAAUGCAGGAUCCAGACAGCCUGGUGGCCCCUCUCCCAUAAGGACCUUGGCGUUUCACAUUGACCCAGCCCGGCAAGUGGAUGCUUCCGGUCAUGUGCCUGCAGAUACUUGACCAUCUCGAAACAUCUGCAUACUGUUGGCAGAAUUUCAUAUCUACCACUGAGAUCAAGCUGCCUUCCCUGGCUUCUGAUUGUGGAUUCCAGGCCCCCCCAACCCAAUCUACAUCUUCCCCUCCCCAUGCCUGUUUCCGUUUCCCAUUCAGCCUUCCCUAUCCAGCUGCCCCUCCACACUGCCUCAAAUAUGAUCCUAGCUGCUCGAGUAAAACGAGUGUUGGAA